AUGGCUGCUGCGUGCAACCUCCAGAUUCCGGGGCCCAGUUUGGAUCAGGCGCGCAUGCAGCUGUAUCACUUCACUGCCAUCGUCAUCGCUGGCCUCGGCUUCUUCACCGACGCCUACGACCUCUUCUGCAUAUCAGGAGUGGCGCCUCUGCUGGGGCGCAUAUACUACUACGACCCUGCCACGGCCACGCCUGGCCGCAUGCCUGCUGGGGUCAACUCCGUCGUCACCGGCAUCGCUCUCGUGGGGGCGUUCUUUGGCAUGCUCUUCUUUGGUCGCCUGGGUGACAGGUGGGGGCGCAAGCGUGUGUACGGCAUAACACUCAUCAUCAUGAUGCUGGCAGCGGUGGGGCAGUCUCUCUCCUUUGGCUCCUCCCCCACGGCUGUCAUCGCCACUCUCUGCUUCUUCCGCUUCUGGCUGGGCUUCGGUGUUGGGGGGGACUACCCUCUCUCGGCUGUUAUCAUGUCCGAGUAUGCCAACACCAAGACACGAGGAGGCUUCAUCGCAGCUGUCUUUGCCAUGCAGGGCAUGGGCAUACUAGCAGCGGCGCUGUUCACCAUGGCCAUCGGGGCUCUCUUCAACGCAGCCUUCCCCGCGCCCCCCUUUGACGAGGGCGCUAUUGCCUCCGUGCCGCCCCAAGCCGACUACGCGUGGCGCGUGGUGCUGGCAGCGGGGGCCGUGCCGGCUGCGCUCACCUUCUAUUUCCGCAUGACCAUGCCGGAGACACCCAGGUUUACCGCGCUCGUGCAGCGCAAUGCCAAGCAAGCUGCACGCGACAUGGGGCAGGUGCUUCACUCGGCCUUCGAGGAAGCAGAUGUGGAAAUCGAGCUAGCAACAGCCCCUGUGCGAACAUACAGCCUGCUGUCGCGCGAGUUCCUGCAGCACCACGGCGUGCACCUGCUGGCCACGGCGGCCUGCUGGUUCCUGGUGGACACGGCCUACUACUCGCAGAACCUCUUCAAUCGGGACCUCUUCACCGCCAUUGGCUGGGUCGCGCCGCCCUACAGCAUGAACGCGCUGACUGAGAUGUACGAGCUCUCUAAAGCUACGGCGCUCAUGACCCUGUGUGCCACGCUCCCCGGCUACAUGGCGGAUCACCCUUGCACGCUCCCCUGCACACCCACCGCCACCACGCCCUGCCCUGAUCCUCCCAUUGAGGACCCCAGCCACACGACGUGCGGGGGGAACCCGAUUGCGCUGCUUUGUCUCUACGCGCUGACCUUCUUCUUUGCGAAUUUCGGGCCGAAUAGCACGACUUUUAUCCUGCCCGCGGAACUUUUUCCUGCCCGGUUUCGCUCCACGUGCCACGGAAUCAGCUCUGCUGCUGGGAAGCUGGGUGCGAUCGUGGGGUCGUUUGGGUUUGUGUACGCGUCACAGGAGGCCCCUUUACAAGAGACUGCUUCGGCAGGGACUGUUUCGAAUCUGGGGUAUCCGCCGGGGAUUGGUGUGCAGAAUACAAUGUUUAUUCUCAUGGCAUGUGCUGGCGUGGGGUUUCUGUUGUGCAUCCGUAUGGAGGUGUGGGUGUUCGGAGGGAUUGAGAUGGGCGAUUUAGUGAUAAUAGAUGGUGUGGGAGCAAUGGCAAUUUACUUGUCAUCCUGA